ACAAAUCAUUAGAGAGACACUCUCAGAAAGGCAGAGGUAGUUGGUUGCCUUUGGAGACAGUUAUGGACUCCCAUUUCUUGGGACUCACUGCCAUUGUUACUUUUGGUUAUCAAUGUGUUUUUUUCAUUAUCACAGCACUCCUCAAGUUUGAUAAAGUUACAGACUUUGCAGGAAGUACAAACUUCAUUGUACUUGCUAUUUUGACCUUGGUACUAAAGGGUUCAUGGUACUUUCGACAGGUGGUUUUGUCUCUGUUUGUAGUGACAUGGGGUCUUCGAUUGGGGAUAUUUCUAUUAAUGAGGAUAUUACAGUGGGGGGAAGACAGACGUUUUGAUGACAAACGCGACAAUCUUGCAAGACUGGCAAUAUUUUGGAUACUUCAGGCAAUCUGGGUAUGGGCUGUUAGUUUGCCAGUGACAGUUGUUAAUGCAAGCGAUAAGCAGCCUCCUCUUCAGGCUCCAGACGUCAUUGGUUGGAUUAUGUGGUCAAUUGGAAUAGUAAUUGAAAUUACAGCCGACCAACAGAAGUUGGCAUUCAAAAACUCCCCAGAAAACAGAGGAAGGUGGUGCACUGUUGGGCUUUGGAAAUAUUCACGUCAUCCAAACUAUUUUGGUGAGAUUUUUCUUUGGUGGGGAAUUUUCCUGGCUUCCACACCGGUACUAGAGGGUGCUGAGUGGCUUGUUGUAUUUGGACCAGUAUUCGUAACCUUGCUGCUCCUUUUUGUUAGUGGCAUACCCUUGCUUGAGGCAUCAGCAGACAAGAAGUUUGGAAAUGUCGCUGCAUAUAGAUCUUAUAAGAGAAAAACUAGCCCUCUUAUUCUGCUGCCCCCCGGAGUGUAUGGGUGUAUUCCUCAAUGGUUCAAAGCCAUACUCCUUUUUGAGUUUCCUUUGUAUAGUCGCAAUCUUCCCCAAGAAGAGCUAAGCUGACGAAGCCAGCAAGGGGGCAGAAUUGACCCGAAGAUGAGUUGACUGCUUAAUUUUUGGGAUUCCAUACUAGUGCAGAUAGUUUGCCAGCUUCUCGCUGCACAGACCUGGUUGACUGCUCAAAGUCCUAUUUAACCUCUCACAUACUAUGCAUUUCCGUUCAAUAGUGUAAUCCUUUUAAUAAAAUCCAUGUAUGUGAUUGUUUUGCAUAAUGUAUUCAAACUUCUUUUGCUAUGUUCCCCAAUUGUAUCCUGAAUCAAAUCUUGGCUUCACAUUGUCGAGUUGGCUUAUAGCUUCUUUGUCAUUGCAA